AUGGCCACCCGCACCGUGCCCCACGCCUACCCCAUGAGCUCUGAGUAUGAAUUUGCCAACCCCAGCAAGAUCUACGACCAGAACUUUGGAGAAGGUGUUUCCCCGUCGGAGAUUUUAGCCCCUGCCCUGUACCACGGCUACUACAUCCGGCCCCGCAUCAACAAGCAGCUGGAGAGGGGCACCUCGGAGGUGUGCCUGAACCAGCACAAGUUCCAGGUGUUCCUGGACGUCUGCCAGUUCCUGCCCGACGAGCUGAGCGUCCGCACCGUGGACAACCUGCUGGAGGUGGCGGGGCAGCACCCGCAGAGGGCCGACCGCCACGGCUUCGUCGCCAGGGAGUUCACCAGGACCUACAUCCUGCCCCUGGACGUGGACCCGCUGCUCGUCAGGGCCAGCCUGUCCCACGAUGGCAUCCUGAGCAUCGUGGCUCCCCGCACGGGCAGGGAGGUGAAGGCCAGGGUCAACGAGGUGGAGAUAACCCGGCAGGAGCAGCCCCUGGGCAAGGAGGAACGGGCCGAGGAGGGAAAGGAGAAGGACGAGUCCUAA